CGGGCUUGGGAUGUCGGCUCAUAGUUAGUCUACACUCAGUCCUUGGCCUAACAAAACAUAUUCUCGACUUUUUUCGGCUUUGUAAAACAAAAUUUGGAAAAAAAAAUUAACAUGUUGCGAAUGUUGCGUCAGAAGUGUCGUUCCCUCGUGGAUCGGAGCAUGCCGUGUCUGGAGUCCUUGGUGGAUGCCUGUUCCAUAUUUAAGGCCGAUUGGUCCAAGAAUCUAAGCCCCAUCAAGCCUUCGGUCGACUGCGCCGGCUCCAGUGUGCUCCGCCAGCACCUGGUACGCCGCAACUACAGCAGCCAGUCGUCCGCCGACGACUGCGGCCUGCCAAAGGAUUGCGGGCAGGAAUCGACCUCCAAGAGCUGCGGUCCUGCUCGGUUUAAGGGCACCAUUUGCGAUGCAGCCAAGGGCGGUAAGCGCAAGAAGAAGGAAGAGCCCAAGAAGGAGAAGUCCAACAAGCCGAAGCUGUCAGCCAGGAUGCGGUCCAUGUGGUACAUACCCGACUGCGAGUACGAGCCAAAGUGCGACGUGCCAGUGCGGUACGACAUCCAGUACUACCGCAUCUCGGACAAAGAGGCCCGGCAGUACCAGGUGACGUGGAACGAGUGCCCCCGGCUGGUGAUCAAGCCCAAGAAGGUGUGCAUACACGCGAAGCAUCCGCGUCCGAAGCCCUGCCGCCGUCCCAGGAAAACGGUGGUGGCCACAGCCCGUGUGCCCAUGCUCAACCCCAUGGAGUGCAAGAAGCCGGAGGAUAUGUCACUCUGUCCGCGCUGGACGCUGCCCUGCUGCAAGCCCGCCCGCAUUCCGCCCAGUUGCCACCAAGAACGCAAGCCCACCGACUGCACCAAACGCCCGGCGCCGUAUCCCAGCUUCUCAGAAUGCAAGCGGGAAGAGCUGUCCAAGGCACCACCCACGGAGUGCCUAUGCCUGAAAGUUCCGAUGGCCUGCGAGAUGUGGGCGGAGCUGAGGCGAAGGAUCGCCCGGGGCAAGGGGGCGGUCCUUAAGUGUGGCGAAAUGUAGGCGGCGGCGGAAGCCCAGUCACUCGACAGCUGACCACAUUCCUGUCACUUAUCCAACUCCGUAUAGUCCCAUCCAAAUUACAGUUUUCCGAAACAGCCUUAACACUCCCUUACCUAAACUCUCUCUUUCCACACUUUCCAAAUUCAAAAUGUUGUUUAAACGCUGCGGAAAAGUCCUAAUGCCACUCGCCGCCCGAUUGGCCAGUUGUGCCGGCUCCAAGGGCGGCGCCUCGGACUCCAAGUGCAACUCCAAUUCGAAGGGGAAAGGCCAACCCGAGCCCGGCUGCAAGCGCUCCGCAAAACGUAAGAACUGCUCCAAGGUCCCAACACCAUUCCCGAGCUACUCUGAGUGCAAGCGGAAGCGGAGUGAUCCUAAACCUUCCAAGGAAUGCGAUUGCUGGGACUUUGACAAGUGCUGAUCCUCGUCAUUUUGGAUAUCGGAGAUCCGGGGAUGUCCUCCGCUUACGGCAAUCCCCCGUUUUCACACCUCAAGACUGAGCACUCAAUACUCAAAAAACCGUUGGUGGCACUGGGAGCCGAGGUGUUUUGUCCAUGUAGAACCUUUGCAGUUAACCUGGGCGCCUUUAAUCCAUGUCAAACUGACCGACGUUGAACGAAUAUAGGAAUAUAAAAAGCA